AUGGCCACUCCCGUCGCCAAGGCUGCUUUGCGAGUGAAGCACGAGCUUCAUGGUGUCGUGGUAUCGGCUGGACUCAUGGAUAAAACGGCCAAGGUUCGCACUGGAGGGCAGGUGUGGAACAGCAUCGUCAACAAGUGGUUCGCCGAUCCGAAACACUACCUCGUUCACGAUCCAAAGUCUUCUCUACGCACGGGCGAUGUCGUAUCCAUUAUGCCAGGAUGGCCAACAGCGCAGCACAAACGGCACGUCGUCAAACGGAUAAUAGCUCCCUAUGGCGUACCGAUCAGUGAACGCCCACCCAUACCGACCUUGCAGGAACUCAUAGCCGAGAGGGAAGCCAAGAAGGCAGCCAAAGACGAGCGCCGUGCUUCUCGAAAAACAGAG